AUGGCCGUCGUCAUUCUUUACCUCCAGCCGUCGUCGCCUGCCUUCCACCCUCACACGUACAAACAUGCACACAUACAGCUACAGCUGGUGUUCGGUACGUUUGCAAGUGCCGCACAGCCCACUGGUCGUGGCCGCAAAUCGCUGAAUCUCGGUGCUACCCCGAAGAAUCUGCCGCAGCAGAACCCGUCGGCUGCAAGUCCGGCACCGGCCUCGUUGCCACACCCAUCCCCGAACACCACCACGACCGGGGCGGCCAGUGGCCACACAGCAUCUACCGGUGUUGGUGUUGCGUCCAAUGUGGUGCAGUCAAGCCAACAGCAACAGCAACAACCGCAGCAACAGCAGUUGGUGACCGUUGCCGGAGCACAAACCGGAGUCAUCAACAGUACCCUGCUCGGCACCGCACCGCAGCAACCGCAGCAGCAGCAACAGCAACAGCCAAUCGCUGGUGUUUUGCAGCAGCAAGCUCCGCAGCAGAUCACAGCUACCGGCGUCAUCAAAGCCGAAAUCAUGAAGGAUCAGCCGCAGCAACCAAUGGCCCCAAUGGCAUUCUAUCCGACCUGGCAGGCCGACCCCUCUCAGGGCUGGCAGAACCAGUUCAUCCAGCAAAUCCCGCAAAACACCCCCGCCAUCACGCCGCUGAACUCGCUCGAAUUCCAGCCACAGGGCUAUGCCGCCUACCAACCGAACGGCUACGUCCAAACGGCCGGCAUCGGAUUCGAUCCGAACUACGGCCGAACGUAUGCCGCACCACCGGCAGUACAGCGCUAUGAAUUCCAAACCAACCAAAUUACACCGAUCAACCAGGUGUCGCUGCAGAGCGUAUCCUUUGCACCGACCGUAACCUACGCCGGGCAGGUUUCGACCGGACCGGCCGUAGUUUCGCACAACCCGCACGACCAGUUUAAUCUGCAGCUGAACAAACAGACGUCGGGAAACGACAUGCCUGGAUAUCCACGGGUGAACAGCGUACCGCCGCGCUCACUCAAUUGUAAUGGAUAUUCAGGCCAAGACUAUGGCGGCCAAACCACUACCCAAGCCAACUCGGCGACUACCAACGUUACGAACGCUAAUGGAACCUCGACCAGUGCCAGUGCCGGCGGCAGCUCAAUGCAUCCCCCGGCUCAGGUUCCCCAGUCACCGAAUCGGCAAACCCAACAACCCCCACGUCCCAACUCCAACCAACAGCAGCUCCCCUAUGCCCAACAGUCCCCGAAUCCCUACAACAGCAACGGAAACAACAGCUUGCAGCAAUCUCCAAACCAUAACAACGGUGCUAACAGCGGCGUAAACAACAACAACGUCUACGCACAGCAAUCGCAGCAAACUGGUAUGCACACACCAUCGCCCAUGCAAACACCAGACAAUCACCAGUCGCCCAGCCACCUGAACGGCAGCGGCCAAUCGCAGGGCGAAUGGGGAGGAGGCUGGAACACCCAGCCGCAAUCUCAAUCGACCGACCUGUUCAACCAGUCGGAUCGCGUUAACUUAAACUCUCGAAUAAAAACAAUGAUCAUGAACAAGAACGACCCCAAGGAUGUGAUCGGUGGCAUCCAACAGCAGCCAAUGACCCAUCUCGGCGGGGUACAAAGUCCAGGAGGAGUGCUUGGACAGGGACCGGCCCAACAACAGACCGGUCAUUUUUUAUCGUAUAGCCACCAUCUCCGAGACAGUCUGACGCCUACGACGCUAGCGACCGGCGGCAGUGGAAGCAGUGGCCAGUCGCCGGCACCGACCUCAGCAAUGAUGGGUGGCGGAAGCGGCAGUAACAGUACAUCCAACGAUGGUACUAUCGGAGAUGGUGGCGGAGGCAUGAUCAACAGUAUUAGCAAUAUUGUUGAUCCCAACUGGAAGCAAAGCAGCAAAUCGCCUGGAAUCGGAGGCAUCGAGAGCAACGGAGCAGCAGCGCAGAGCAGAAUAGAACACGAACAUCAACAGCACCAUCAUCACGCAGCAGCAGCGAUGAUGGGCGAUCUUCAUCACGAUAGUAAACAUCAGGAUUUUGAGCAAAAGCAGCAACUAAUUGACAAGAAUAAUACCGAUCCAGGAGGUGGCGGACUCCAUCACGAUACCGGUGGCGGCGGACAUGACAUCAAGCAUAAGCUCAGCUCCAAAUCGUCGUCUUCACCAUCCUCCAAAUCGAAAAGCAGUAGCCAUAAGAGUAGCGAUAAGCAUAGCAAAUCGAAAAACAAUCAUCUCGACAUGAAUCAACCAAUAGACUCUAACAAAUCUUCCAGUAAUCUUAAUAGCUAUUCAAGUAGUAGUUUUAUGAGCGAACAUCAUUCGUCGUCAUCUUCGUCGUCACCGUAUCCGAAUCUUAAUCAAACAUAUCCAGCAAAUAAUCAUAGCAGCAGCAGUAGUAGUAGUCAAUCAUCAUCACUGGCAGCCCUGGGAGGGGGCGGCUACCCAGGCCAUCUGGAUAACAAACUGGUGGACGACAAAAGUCCCCUGAACCGAUUCCGACAUGACACCUUGAGCAGUGGCUUCAACCCCCAUCUGCCCCAUCAGCAAUCAUCAUCCCCGUCGCAGCUUCACAGCGGCGCAUUCCAUCAUCCCCAGUCGGCCGGAAGCAGUUCCUCUUCCAACUACAAUCUCAUGAGCGUCAAGAAGGAACCCGGUCUCCUAGACAACACUCAACCACCCAAGUUCGAUGGUUACGAGAAAAACUACCAAAACUUCAUCCGCUACGGAGACUACGACAGCAGUCAACCGCCACAGAGUCAAGUUUCCCAGCACGGAAGCUCCAGUCUUUCCGCUCCCACUAAAUCCGAAUACAAUAGCUACUAUUCACCGUACAAUAACUACCCCGGGUACCAAAACUACCCCAACUAUCACAACCAAAACUACAACAGCACCGCAACGGGCAGUGUCCUACCCCACAACCCCGAAACUAGCACCCCGCUACCAGCCGUAACAACUCCGGUAGCUCAUCAAACCAACUUCGAGCAACAAAUACCGGCCCAUACCUAUCCCAUCCCAAAGAAUAGCAACCUACCCCAGGCGGACAUCCCAAUCAAGCAGGAAACCGACGACGCUUCCUACAUGAACAGCAGCAGUUCCGCAUCCCACGGAGGAUCCAUGCUGCACGAAACCAACUCCAGCGGAUCCCACAACGAUGCCCCUUCAACGCCAAACACCGCAAUCGAACAACCACCACCCUCAGAACCCGAUCCUCCACCGGCAGCCCCCGAAAAGACUACCAAGUCCAAAAAGGGCGAAAAGAAGGAGAAAAUUAAAAAGGAAGCCACCGAAGAGGGCGAAAUCAAAACAGAAGGAGCCACAACAGCCACCGGUAAAAAGAAAAAGGAAUCCAAGAAGUCGAAGGCUGCAGCAGCGGCUGCCGCGGCCGCAGCUGCCGCCUCCGCAACCGAGACCGAAUCAUCGGCGGCUAAGCAGGCCGAGGACGACAAGCUGGAGAAAGCUCACAAACCGGAAAUUCCGGACUGCGAUUGCUUCUCCGGCGGUUCGGAGAAGGCACCCUCUGAACCGGGCAGCUACUACACCCAUUUAGGAACCGCCUCAACGUUGGAAGAGCUCCGACGGGAGACGGAAAACCGUGUUGGCCUAAGUGGAAAGCAGCUGCGCAUUGAGAAGGUCGUCUACACCGGGAAGGAGGGCAAAUCCAGUCAGGGUUGCCCGAUUGCCAAGUGGGUCAUCCGGCGGGUCGAUCCGGAGGAGAAAUUGCUCUUCGUUGUCAAACGAAGGCAAGGGCAUCGGUGUAAGGCGUCCUUCAUUGUGGUGUGUAUCGUUGUUUGGGACGGGAUUCCUACCCAGGAGGCCGAUAGCGUGUACCGAAUGUUGGCCGUGAAGCUGAACAAGUACGGUCUUCCAACGGUUCGUCGAUGUGCUACCAACGAGAGUCGCACUUGUGCUUGUCAAGGUCUCGAUCCGGAAACUUGUGGGGUGUCGUACAGUUUCGGCUGCAGUUGGUCCAUGUACUACAACGGGUGCAAGUAUGCGCGCUCCAAAACGGUCCGGAAGUUCCGACUUUCGGUGAAGAACGAGGAGGCUGAAAUCGAGGAGCGUAUGAAUGUGCUUGCUACGAUGUUAAGUCCACUAUACGUCACAGUUGCUCCCCAGGCCUUCCAGAACCAAGUGCAGUACGAGCGGGAAGCGCCCGACUGCAGGCUGGGUCUGAAACCGGGAAAGCCCUUCUCCGGAGUAACGUGCUGUUUGGACUUUUGUGGUCACACGCAUCGAGAUUUGCAUAACAUGCAGGACGGAUGUACGGUUCAAGUAACGCUGCUUAAACCGUUACCGCCCGGUGUUAAAGCCGAUGACGAACAGCUGCACGUGCUACCCCUGUACACCAUGGACACAACGGACGAAUUCGAUAGUGAAGAGGCCCAGAAAAAGAAGGCCGAAACUGGAUCCGUACAAGUCCUCGAGAAAUUUUUGACAGAAGUUCGAGUGAGAUCGACACCGCUGCAACCGUGUCGACGACACGGUAAAAAGCGAGGGAACGGUAAAGACGAGAAGUCGAAAGAAGACGGUGAACCGAACAAUGAGGAAUCUAUUCCGGAAACUCCUCCGCCACCUCCACCACCGACUAAGAAGGAGAGCAAAUCGAAGAGCAAAAAGGGUUCCUCGGCCAGUGGAAACGGAAGCCAGACUUCUCCGGGCUCGGGAUCACCCAAGUCUAAGAGCUCGAGCAGUAGCUCAAAAGCAAGUCCGGGAGGAGGUUCAUCGAACGGCAACUCAAACGGUGCUACGGAUGCCAACAAAGCGGUCAACGUUCAAGGACAGACUGCUAAUAAUGGCUCAAAUAGUGCGUUCACACCACCUAGUGCAAUCAGUUCGCCGAACAAUACGGGAAAUUCGAACAGCACCCUCGUUGAUAUGGCAUCCAUGAUCGACAACUUCACCGAUGCGCAACUUCAGUCGAACCAGAUCUCAAGCACCGUACUGGAUUCACCGUAUAGCUACGAUUACAACACCGGACAGUACAUCGACAACCGACAAUACUACAACAACUGGCCGACGGACUAUUACGGCAACCGUACGGAUCCCAACAAAAUGCUCGGAAGAAAUGAAGAAAUUCCUGAUACUACCACUCGACCUGGCAGUAACAGCAGUAAUUCGGCAUUCAGUCCUAGCAUACCGGACCCCACGAAAACGCCAACUCCAGUCCACAUGGACGACUACAGUGCCACCAAACUUAGUCAACAGCAAAGCCAAAAUACGUAUCACACUCUGCAACAGCCAGAACAAGGCUUCGUCAAACCGAAACCCCCAGACUACAAUCCCGGCUACGGUUAUCAGCCUCAUACCCCCAUGAGCUACGGCUACCAUCCUCCGUACACGCCAUACGAUCCCUACCAGAACUACAACUAUGCUUAUCCGCCGCAAAGCUACCACCCCACAUAUCACAACAUGUACCCUGCCUCGCAGACCCAGAUCCCCGGAACAGGUCCGGCCCCACCAUCAGCAACAGUUAUCGGAGCACCUCCACCAUCCAACUGGAAUCUGUACCCGCCUCAUCCGCACCAUCAGUCUCAUGUCCCUCCUUCAGCUCCAUCUCAACUUCACGGAGCUCAUCACGGCCAUCCCAAACAACAAGAAAUGCAACAGGUCGUUCAACCUCCGGCACCUCCACCACCCCCGAAGGAAACCCUCGGCGAAGUGACGGAAACCAAUGAAAACGUAGAUUGCUUCGAAGAUCCGCAGAUGGGCGGCGUUGCGAUAGCCCUUCCCCACGGUAGCGUCAUCAUUGAGUGCGCAAAGUUGGAGAUGCAUUCUACGACGGCACUUAAGAAGCCCAACCGGUUGAACCCGACCCGGAUGACGUUGAUCUUCUACCAGCAUCGGAACCUGAACAGGCCGAAGCACGGUAUUGCCGAGUGGGCCGAGAAGAUGCGGCUGAAGAAGUUGGGACUGGCGGUGAACGAUCCCACUCUGGACGAUAAGGAUAUGCUGCUGGAGGAUGAUAUCAAGGGCGAACCGCUGGACGAUCUGCACCAUAUGAGGCAUAUGGGUGAUGAGCACGAUAUGAUGGACGUGGAGUACUCGGGUGUCUAGUGGUGAGAGAAAAAUCUGCCGCCCGGUGGGCGACCGCUGGAUGAGCAGAUUACGACACGCAACACUACCACUAAUACCGGAAGCAGCAACCAAACCAGCAGCAUCCUAUCGACACCGGCAGCAGCAGCAGCCGCAGCGAUGACCGACCCCUUGACACAAUCCCUACAGAUUCCGGGGCCAUCGGCAGCUGCCGCCGCCGCCGCAGCGUCGAUUCCGUUGAUGCCGCAGCCGCCACGAAUUCCACCGGGAAGUGCCAGCACCAGCAGCAGCAGCAGCUCGAGGACAGCCUUCCAGCAAUCGUCGCAGCUGCCCCAUCAAUGGCUUCAAUCGGCCACGGGACUGCACCAAGGCCAUCAUCCGCCACCACCUCCCCCGCACGAUCGGCACGACCCGAGCCAGUACUACUACUAUUACUACUAUUGAGAGAAAACGAGGAUGAAAAAUCCUUGAUGAUGAUGAUUUUUGUUAGGAGAAAAAAGAUGCUAGUGAUUAUAACAAACAAACACAGAAUAUGAUUCGGAAUGUCCUUCCUUUUUUGGAAAAUAAUUGAAAAGGUAGGAAGGAACCUUAAUGUACGUACGCUCCCAGUAUUGUUUUAUUGGAAGAAAAGAAUCAAACACUAGUUGCCGCGAGCGAACUCCAACUCAUAGGUUAUGGUUCAAAAAAACGAUCUAUUUUUUUUUGUUUCUCGUGUAGAAAGUUUACCUCUUGUGAUAGGCACUUUUGAGUUAGCUUUGCUCAAAUUUAUUUUAAUUUUGUUUCCACUCCUAGGUUAUGUUUCGAAUGCAAUCUCAAUUACUUUUUUUUAUCUAAAAAAAAACACUCAAAACGCAAAUGCACCUUUAGGCACACCAGUCACAAUAAUAGAAACAAAAACGAUAUCAAAAAAGAAGCUAACUUUUGAACAGAAUCAAAUAUUUUAGAGGGAACAUAACCAAAAAAAAACAAAAAGAUUAAAACUAAAGAAAAGAGUAAAAACAAAGUUUAUAUCGAAGCCAAAAGUACAAAAACGAAUUGUUAACACAGAAAACAACAAACACUCAGAAUCUAUCUGCCAACAAGACUACUACUCUUCCGUUCGUGCUUGUUCUUCUAUCUAUUGUUUCUUUUCUCAAAAGUACUCGUACUACAAGUCCGGACCACUUUCCUGCAUUAAUCUUCUUGAUUUUUUGCUGCUUUCUACUAACCCAUUUGUACCAGUUUCAGGCACACUGAAACAAAAGUGAUCAUGCAAACCAAACGAAAUGUUUGCUAGAAAAAAAAACAAUACUGCUCUCGCUCUAAUGAUUAAAAAUGUUUAAAAACAACAACGUCCCAAAGGUGAAAACAACAAAGUUGUUCUUCUUUGAGGACACAGAGAGAAAGUGCGCUGCUUUCUCCCAAAGCCCCCGGCAUAUUUGCUAACCUUUGCUUACCAAACAACUACGAUAAAAGAAUGAAGAAGAAAAAACUUCACUCCCACACACUUUUUACUAAUCAAGCUGUUGAAUUUUUGUACAUAACUUUUCCUACCCCCUUUUACUAACACAAACAAACAUACACGCGAAAAGACAAACACCCGCGCGCUCGUUUGUUAUUUUGUUUUGAAUCUUCAUAUCUAAGCACAUAUGAAGAAAAGUUUGUCACUAUUUGAGCAAAACAAACGAGCGUCAUUCUCGAACUCAGUCCAGUAGAAAAUGGGGCGCGGAACCACUUUUUUUGUCCUAGGUUAAAUUAUUUCAAAUUCUCUUCUCAUGCUUAACACACACACAGACACUAUUGUUUGUCCCCUCUUAUAUUGUUAGGUUGAAAAAUACGUUUUUCUUACUGUCAAAGUAGUCCCGUGGAUUGAAAACCGCAGCAGUUGGGACACGAAACAAAUUUCAAAGAUGGAAAAGUAUUAGUAUCUUAAGCCCGUAGGAUAAUUGUCUAUUUGUUCUCUUGUAGGUUUUUUUUAUUGAAUUAAAUUAGUUUCGUGUAAUCUGUAAACAUUUUAUCCAUUUAUUGAUUGUUCUCUUAGCGGUUAGGAAUCAGUACGUGGAACCAGUAAAAGACAUCCGUAACUCGAAUCAGUUUUAUCUAAUAAAAGAACUGAGUUUAAAAACAACAACAAGCUAAACGCUGAACAAAAAACAUUCGAAAACAAAAAGGUGGAAACUCUAGUUAAGCGGCUCUUCUCAGUCGAGCGAAGAAAGUCAUACACUGAUGAAAAAAAAACAGUGAAACAAACAAUAUAAGAAAUCAUCCAUUAUUUAAACUCAACAAAACCUUAUUUAACUAUUUAUUUUUCUACACUUUCGCCCCACCCUUGAAGACUCAAAUCGCACUCAUACAUUCAAAUAUUAAUUACAACUCUCUCAUACACACAAACGAACUUUAGUUGUUUAUUUUCAAACGAGAAAGAGAUUGUCAUUAGUGUUAAACAGUAAACAAACAAAACAAACCGAGCAAAGGGUUUUUGUUUUGUUUCCAUUGGUAACGCGACAUAAAAUGGCUACUCGAAGCGGCUGCCUAAUUUUGGUAGUCAAGGUAACCAAAUGUAUCGCUUUUCGUUCAUACGAGAGAGUAAGUUUGAAACAAAACAACAAGACAGACACACACACUUAUAAGGUAGAUGUAAAAAAGUAAAAAAACAAAAAUGCGUAGAAAUGUUAUCUCGAGCAAAAUUAGUAAUCUAGAAGAAAAAAAUGGAAAACAAUAAGAGAGAUCGAAACGGAAAGCGGUAAAUCACGCUGAAUGUGUGAGAGUGACCGGAAAAGAGCGAAGCGAAACGAGAAACGUGAGGAGCGUAAAGAUUUGUAUGUAAGAAGUGAACUCUAUAAGCUUAAGACAAAAGAAGAAGACAACAACAAAAAUGCCAUAUUGACUAAUGAUGAAGUGAAAAUAAAGAGAGAGAAUAAAAAGUGCGAGCUAUGAAACUCGACGAAGACACUACUACAACAACAAACGUAAAAAAAAGCGUUAGAAAGAAAGUAUAACAAAUACUCAAACAACACAAGACACGUGAAAGUAAUUUUACCGAAUAAUUAUGAAUAAAUGAUAGUUUUUUUUGAAGCAAAGUCCGCUUUCGAUUUGUUUUAUUUAUCAUUUCUUCUCGUGGAUUUUUUUCCUUUUUUUUAGUUUGAAAGAAAAUUUAACUUAAUAAUAUCCAACCUUUCGGGAAAACGAUUUAAUGUUGAAAACUUCCCGGUCGCCAAAGAUUGUUUGCUAAGUUUUUAAGGGAACUCCAAUUUUCUGACCCGACUUGAAGAACAAACAUGUAAAAACAAAGACAUUUUCUGUAUCAGUGUGUAAUCGGUAGUGAUCUUUUGUUUUUGAGUAAAAUUAAACAAAACCAAUCACAGAUACCAGCGCAGAGAUUCAACUGGAAGACACAAAAUAAGUAAAAAAAGAAUAAUAAUAACAGAUCAAGUGAUGCCAUAUUUGAAUGUAAAUUAUUGUUAAAAAAGACGAGAAAUUAAGUAACUUAAGAUAAAACAGUGAGUAGAUCAUACAAGAAAGAGAGAGAGAAAAGAGAAGAAAAGAAUAGUUAUACAUAUAUUUAUAUUUUUCGGAACAAACUCAAGCAAAAUUGAACAAAAAAAAAACAGAGAACUAAGGAGAAAAAAAAACCUUGUGAAGCAAAAGACACACACUAGAUAUUGCGAUAAUUAAGAUACGUAUUGAAAAUGAGAUAGGCUUGUAGUAUGUUAAGGACCCCCCAAACACUUUUUCCUCAAAGCGAUCAAUUGUAGCGAAGAUAAAUAAAAAAUAAAUAAAAGAAAAACAAAAUGGUCGUUGGCUGUUUAGCGAUCAAAACAUUGUUUACUGGAGAAAGGAAAACCAAUACAAAACUAGUAUUACUCGGUGAUUUGCGUCUUAAGCGAUUUACACCCACAUUAACUUUUUAGUUUUGUCAAAAUAUUAGAAUUAUCAUUAAAAAUUGUAAUCGUUAAAUGAGGAUGUCCAGCCGAAAAAAAAAAUCUUCUUCGAGGACACGAACGUUGCUAAUCAAUAACUUUAUUGGAAGACAGAAAAAGAAAACAAAUUGCAAUGCCAAAAUGAAAGAGAAACGAACGGGAAAAAAACUGUGCGGAAGCUUCCUUUCACGUGAUUAUAUUUUGUAGAAAUUGAAAGCAAUCACGGCAAGACAUGAGAAACAAAUUUAAGAAAAAAAAAAUCAAGUUUUAAAAUAAUAGUCGAGCGAAGUUCAUGCAAAACGUCCUCUAGUUGCACUAUGUUAAAAGUAAACAAACAAAAAAAAAACUUCGAAAGAGGAAGUAAUCUGUUGCGAUUAGAAAUGUUACAUUCAGAAUGAUCUCAUAUCAUAACGAAGUCAAGAGUAAUUAAAACGUGAAAAAAACUCAUUGACUACUGAAGAAAAACAGAAACAAAUAAAUUCAUUACUAACCGAAUCGCGUGACACGCUAUUGUAGGUACAAGUGUCUUCUCCCGAAAAUGAUUUCGUUCAUCAUUGAUUAAGUUUUAAGCCAGCCGUGCGCUAACUCAUCCUAAGUCGUGCGUGCAGAAUCUUGCAUCAAACUUGCUUCUUAGAAUUGUAAUGGAACCCUUCCAAAUUUACUCGUAAACUCCAUUUUUUUCCUGAAAAACAAACUAAUAUUGGUACCGCUGCCAAUAAAUAAUGUUAACCAAACUCUCUCAGUUUUACCGUGCUACUAAACACAAUCUUCCCUCCGUUCUAAACAAACUAAUAAAGUAAAACGCCGAAUUGGUUGCUUGGAUGGGAAAAUUUAAGCCCAUUCGUUGAUUCUUACCUAAUCAGAAUAGAGAAGAGAAGAAAAAAAACAAUCCAAUCACUGUAAGCAAAAAAUCUGAUAAUACAACUUGCAAAUUGUAAUCUUAAUACCACGACUUAAGUGAUGAUGACAAUUAUGAUGAAGAAUCAUACACACACACUGUAGCGAGAAAAAGAUAAAAUGAGCGGAAAAACGAAAAAGUAGUGACAGAAUAAUAAAGCAAGUAAGAGCAAAACGAGGAGUAAACAAGAAGUAAAAAAAAAACAAAAACAAUUAUGAUUAUAAAUAUUAUUAUUAAAAUUAUUAUAUAUAUUCUUAUUAUAUUUAGCUGAGAGGUGAGACAAAAAAAACUUCGAACGAAGAGACACACACAGAGAGAGAGA